GAUCAAGGCCCUGUCGGUGCCCCCGGAGCUCGUGGUAAGCCGGGUGAACGAGGACAAGAAGGACCACCGGGCACAGUUGGCGAAGUGGGAUUGCCGGACCGUCACGUUCGUACGUUUCCAGCAGACUCCAUACCUCUUCCACCUAGCCCUAGCCCUAGCCCUGACAUUGAUGGGCUCCCACCUAGCCUUAGCCCUGACAUUGACGAACUCCCACCUAACCCUAGUCCUAGUCCUGACAUUGAUGGAUACAAUUAA